AUGUCUGGAGAAAACCAAACCAACAUUCCAGUGACAGAAUUUCUCAUUACCGGAUUUCCUGGACUCCGAGACCAAGAAAGCAGGAAAACGUUAUUUGCUGUCUUCCUGACAGUCUACCUGUUUAUCCUAGUGGGAAACAUCUUGUUGAUCCUCAUCUUUUCAUCAGACCGCACCCUACACACCCCCAUGUACAUACUGGUCUGUGGACUGGCUGUUUUAGACAUUGCCAUCACAACUAACACCGUGCCCAGCAUGCUAGUUCUGUUUAGACUCGAAUCUCGAUCCACUCCCUUUGCCACCUGUUUCAUUCAGAUUGUGUUUUUUCAGGGUUUCUUUUCAACAGAAUGCUUCCUUCUUUGCCUAAUGGCUUAUGACCGCUAUAUAGCCAUCUGCAAUCCACUCCACUACCCCAACUUAAUGAAUAACAGUCGCAUCUCCAAGUUGAUGGCUUCUUGCUGGGUGUCAGGUUUUAUUUGUGCUGCACCACCCAUUGUUCUCAUGCUAAGAUUUCCUUUUUGUGGGUCCAACCAAAUUAAUCAUUGCUUCUGUGACUUUGCUUCUGUUCUGCAUUUAGCUUGUGGGGAUGUUAAAAUGACCAGCUUUGUGGUUUUGUCCAUGGGCAUGAGUGUGCUGUUUAUCCCUUUGAUAUUUAUUCUGUUCUCUUACAUGCGGAUCAUAUAUUCAGUGAUUCAAAUCUCUACCACUAUUGGACGACUUAAGGCUUUUUCCACGUGUGGCACACAUAUGCUGGUCAUAUCCGUAUUUUUCUUGGUAGCUGGUGGGGUCUUCACCUCUGAUCGAAUUCCUGGGACAUCUGUGGACAUGAGAAUCAUGGGACUGUUAAUCCAGAAUGUCUUUCCAGCUCUAGUGAAUCCUGUUAUUUACUGUCUGAGGACCAAAGAGAUUAGAAAUAGCUUUAAAAAAACUUUAAGGAAGAGUGGAAUCUUAUACUGCAGUGUGACCGUUUAA